AUGGCUUCGCUAUGGGCUGGCCGUGCAGGGAAGGAGAGUGGCGCCAACUUUCAAUUCAUCCACCGGGUCCACGCCACUGACAGGAAGGAUCGACAGUGCUUGCAACUAUUUGAGCUCCAUGCUGAUGCUGCUGGAGCAGCAAGUGGAAGCAGAUACGAGGUGGUGCAAAAAGGAAACUCUUCAGCGACUCGACACACCCAGCCCUAUGCGAACCAUAGUGCAGAGUGGCUAGAAAGCCCAAGACUCAGGGAUGCAAAGAAAGAGACAAACAGAUCAUCCAAAAAGACAGUUGAUACAGCACAGAUCUUCCAGAACAGUAUGCAGGUACAGCUCACCUAG